GCGAGUUCCUUCGGGCUGAUGAGUGAUGAGUGAAUGAUUGCUUCUUUGGGGUGUUUGUUUGAUCUUAUCGACGCGUGUCUUCGGUCUUAAUCCUAAUUUCGUUUUUUCGCUUUUCUUUUCGUGUUGAAUCCCUCGGGACAGCUCAGGUCCCUAGGUAAACUACCUAAUCUCACAGAUAUGGCGGAAGGCUCUCUCGCCUCCGCCGUGGCAUUGCCCGAACCGGAGAACGUGAUAUCAUCCCCGGAAGCAGGCGUCAAGCGGCGACAAUCAUCCAUCUCGAACCCGGACCCCGAUCACAAACGACGCCGACUCAGCAGCACGACCACGCAGGACGAUCACCACGAUCGCCGCCCGUCCGUCUCAGACCGCAAACAGUCGUCGCCGGACGCAGAGCGGAAACCGGAUCGGAAACCCACCCGGCCCGCUGGGCGCGACGAGGAACGCAAGCGCGGACAGCGGUUAUUCGGUGGCUUGCUGGGGACGCUGUCGCAGAGCUCGAACACGGCAGCUCAAAGGCGCCGCGCGGAUAUCGAGCGGAAGCAGAAGGAUAAGUUGAAGCUGCAGGAUGAGGAGUACGAUGAGUUGAAGAAGAAGAGGCGCGGAGAGCGGGCGGCGAUUCGCAAGAAGGAGCAGAGGCUAUAUGAUGAGGAAUCGAUGCGGACGCGCCACUCGAAUUUGCUGGCUAUGGCUCAUUUCUUGAAGACGAGAGCUGAGCCGGUCUUGUACUACAAGCCGUGGCAACUUCGUCCGGACGACCAUGCGAUCAUACGAGACCAGAUUGAGGAUGCAGAGGCUACUAUUUCUCGCGAGGUGGCGGAAUUCGAGGCGCGCCAUCCGCCUCAGCAAGAGGAACAUCCUCAAGAGCAAGAAAAACAGCAGGAACAGCCCGAGCCAACGCAAGAAGGAAACUCUGAACCGGCUCCGGCGCCCGAGAGCAGGACAGAGGCAGAGACGGAUGGGAAAGAGUCUAAGGAGACAACACAUGAAGUCUCGCACACGGCAGAGGCUGAAGCUCAGCAUGAAAAGAGCACCGAAGAAGCCCCAACUGACGUUCCACCUCCUAAUGACAAUGUUCCCGUCCACCACGAGCACUCAGACGUGCACCGAGGCCAUGAAGACGACGGCGGCGAAGUGGUCGAAGACCAGGAGGAUACUGUGAUUUAUUAACUGCAUGGCGAAUUUCUUUCCAAAUCUUCAAUUUCUUUCUAUUUAUCUCUUAAUCAGUCUGUCCUCUAGCCACUACUUGACGUUGGAGAAUGUAUCAUGCAUGCACGGAGUAUGACGACGAGAGGAGACUGCAGAUCGAAUAUCCGGAGAAGCCGAGGCACUUCGGCAGGACGAGAGGGCGCUGACGACACUACAAAUCCAAAAUGGCCUGUCCUCUUCACCAGAACGACCGUCCAAAACUUGGACUGCUCGUUCCCAGCAUCCACGGAAUGAAAUCGU